AUGUGGUUAUUAUUGUUUUUGUGUGUAUUACCUGCGCACGCGCAAGACCAACCUAGAGUAAAUAUUACACAAGGAACCAUUAUAGGAUCUAAAGCCACAGACGGUGAUUAUUUAACGUUCUACGGAAUACACUAUGGCGGAUCCACUGCCGGCGAGAACAGAUUCAAGGCUCCAACAGAGCCUCCUAAAUAUCCUGGAGACUUCGUUGCUAUAAAUAGUGAAGUGAUUUGCGCCCAACCAUCAACCAGAGGAAUAAUCGGCACAGAAGACUGUUUGGUACUUAACAUCUUCACAAAAAAUAUAACCACUCCUAAACCUGUGUUUGUAUGGCUCGAAAGCGAAGCAUAUGAAACUACAACUAAUAUGUUACAUAGUUACAAAACUUUAAUACAAGAGGGUUUACUUGUUGUGACCAUUAACUACCGUCUGUCCAUUUUUGGUUUUCUUUGUCUUGGUGUUCCUGAAGCACCUGGUAAUGCAGGAUUAAAAGAUGUUAUACAAGGCCUGCAAUGGAUUAAAGAAAAUAUAGCAGCUUUUGGUGGAGAUCCUAAUAACGUAAUGCUUGCCGGUCAUGGAUCCGGAGCCGCUAUGGUGGAUUUAAUUACCUUGUCACCAUUGUCCAAAAAUUUAAUUCACAAAGCCUUAGUUCUCAGUGGAUCUGGUUUGGCUUCUUGGGCGGUAUCUUAUGACCCUAUAGGCUAUGCACAAAAAGUCGGCGGGAAAAUGGGAUACACGAAUAAAUCUCCAAGUGAAUUGGCAAAAUUGCUUUCCACUACCGAUUUAGGAGUACUUAAUGGUGUCCUAACGGAUUUCGAAUUUUACAAUAACACACCUCUUUUUGCCCCUUGUGUUGAAAAUAUCAAGUUAAAUGGAUCGUUUCUUCAUGAUGCCCCAAUUAAUAUAUUAAGAUCUAAAAACUACAAUGACAUUCCAUACGUUGCUGGGUAUACAGACAGGGAAGGAACAAUGCGAGCUGAACAAGUAGUGGCUAGAAAUUGGCUAACAGAAAUGCAAAACAAGUUUGAAAACUUUAUACCUGUGGAUUUAAAUUUUGAGAACAGCGAGGUAAAAACAAAUGUGAGCAAUCUUAUUAGAAAAUUCUAUUUUGCUGAGAGAUUUAUUAAUAUGGAAACUAUUGAAGAUUUCUUGGACUAUCAAGGAGAUACUUUAGUAUUUAUACCUAUUACAAGAGGAGUGCUUGCACGUGCGCUAACUUCAAAUGCAAGUGUAAGAAUAUUUGAAUUCGCUUUUCGAAAUGCCCAGAAUACUGAUUGGUUAUAUCCACAAAUCCCUGUAAAUGGAGCGAAGCAUGGCAGCAUUCGGGACUAUUUGUUCAAUUCCAAUCCCAGUAUUCAUGAUCACAGCGCAGUUACUGCUGUCAUAGGACACAUUGUUGCAUUCGCUCAGACAGGGUCUCCAGACCCGAAUAAUUUGAUACAAUGGUUACCAGUACAAAAUACGUUGGGUACACUUUAUAUAAGUGGUGGAGGGGUUUCCCCAAAUGUCACUGCCUUCAAGGAAGAAUUUUAUGCGCGCAGCAAUGAAAGAGUUGAUUUUUGGGAUAAAAUCAUACAAGAACGGUAUCAGCCCCCAAAACCCGUGUCAUCUGCUCGGAGUUUGGUCAGCUUUGGACUUAUCGUUUUAUUAACUCAAACGCUACUAAAGCUUCUUUCAAUGAGU